CGCACACACACACACGCACACACACACACCACGAGCGGGAUUCAUUACAAUUCGAGAGAGGCAGCUGGAUGAUGUCAUAUCCGUGAAGAAGACUGCAUGCCCACAAACUUUUUCCCCUUCUUGCAUUGACGAGGCUUCUCCCCGCUGUCCACAUGGCAUACGUAACGGGGACGGGUGGAUGGAUGAGCCCCCCUCCUCCUCAGGAAUCCGUGUGUUUUACCAGCGCGUAGUGGACGAGGUGGCGCGUGCCUACAGGCAAAGAACUUGCGUAGAAUUGUUGUACUCGUCGCGGAGGACGUGGAGGAGGGAAACAUAUUGCAGACGACAAUAAUGUGGUCGCUGUCCGUGGUGCUGAAGCCGCUGCUGUUCCUGCUGCUGUUCGGAUACUGCCCUUCAGUGACCAUCAGGCCAAAGGAGGGGUGGCAGGUGUACAGCUCAGCUCAAGAUGCAGAUGGCCGUUGUGUCUGCACAGUGGUGGCACCAGAACAGAAUCUGUGCUCCAGAGAUGCCAAAGGCAGACAGCUCCGUCAGCUCCUAGAGAAGGUGCAGAACAUGUCGCAGUCAAUCGAGGUGCUGAACCUGCGGACGCAGAGGGACUUUCAGUAUAUCAUGAGGAUGGAGAGCCAGAUCAAAGGACUGCGGUCAAAGUUUCGACAGAUCGAAUUGGACAGGAAGACGCCCGUCAACAAAAACUUUCAGGAGCUACAGGGAAAGAUGGAGUCCCUACAGCCGCUGAUUCCUGUUCUGGAGCAAUACAAGGCAGACGCCAAGCUCGUCUCCCAGUUCAAAGAGGAGAUCAGGAACCUGUCGGGCGUGUUGAUGGGCAUCCAGGAGGAAAUGGGAGCCUACGACUAUGAGGAGCUGCAACAGAGGGUCCUAAACCUGGAAAAUCGUCUUCGCAACUGCAUGAACAAACUCACAUGUGGCAAGCUAAUGAAGAUCACUGGGCCGCAGACUGUGAAAACUUCAGGGACCAGAUUUGGAGCCUGGAUGACCGACCCACAGGCGUCUCCCAAAAACAACAGGGUCUGGUACAUGGACAGCUACACCAACAACAAGAUAGUAAAAGAGUAUAAAUCAUUGGCUGAUUUUGUGGCAGGAGUUGAGUCGAGAACCUACAACCUACCUUUCAAAUGGGCUGGAACCAACCACGUGGUGUACAAUGGCUCUUUGUACUACAACAAGAUGCAGAGCAACAUCUUGGUGAGGUACAGCUUUGAGACGGGACGUGUGGUCACCCAGAGGGCUCUAGAGUCAGCAGGGUUCCAUAAUGUGUACCCUUACACCUGGGGAGGCUUCUCCGACAUCGACAUAAUGGCAGACGAGCUGGGCCUGUGGGCUGUGUAUGCAACCAACCAAAACGCGGGGAACAUUGUCAUCAGCCAGCUGAACCCGGACACACUUCAGAUCCUCAACACAUGGAACACAGAAUACUCAAAGAGGAAUGCCGGCGAGUCUUUUAUAAUCUGUGGAACACUCUACAUUACUAACUCCCACCUGACCGGUGCCAAGGUGUACUAUGCUUACUCCACUAAAACCUCCACAUACGAGUAUACAGACAUUCCCUUUCAUAACCAGUACUUUCACAUGUCUAUGUUGGACUACAAUGCCAGGGACCGCGCCCUCUACGGCUGGAAUAACGGCCACCAGGUCCUGUUUAAUGUUACACUUUUCCACAUCAUUAAAACUGAGGAUGACUCUUAAGCGGAGAUACAUACUGUACAAAUAAAAGAAACAUAUAUAGAAAAAAGUAUAGAAAAAAUGGAUGGUUGCGCCUGAAUGUUGAUAUGCAUUUAUUUAUUUACUUUUUACGGUUAGUUUUGGGGCAUUUUAGACAACUUACGCACCAACCAUAUUGCUAUUUGCUUGUUUUCAGAUGAAGAGUGUGUUAUUAAUCUCUUCCCCAUGUGGAAACUUUCUCUAUAGAAAGUAAAUGGCGCCACAAAAUUAAAACACAUCGGAAUAUUUGAAACAUAUUGCAGGACAAUGAACUUUACUUGAUGUCCGCCAUUCCUUUCUCUUUCCAAAAUGAAAACCUUUUCUUCAAAUGUAUAAUGGUUUUCUCAUUCAGUAUUGCAUUUAUUCAUUUCCCCUAAUGUAUUCAUAUUUUGUACAUGUUCACUAAUUGUUCGUUUAGUUUCCAUUCUUUCCUUUCCAUUUAUUCAUCGUCUGCUAAGUUAUUUCUGCCUUUCAACUUCUUUUACAGUUAUCUUUGUACUUUUCCUGUCAUGUUUUUUGCACUUGACCUUGUACACACCGUGUACACAGACAAUGAGAAAUGUGGUAAACCAUGCACCUGUAUAUAGUUACUGUACUUGGCUUUUGUGUAUGACGAUUCUCAGUCAUCCAGGUGAUAGGAUAUCUUGAAGGACUAAAUUAAAGUACUUCAGCAAACAUUAGUUUGCCUUUAAUUGAGUGCUUUGAGAUUUUUUGUAAUUUCAGCAACAGUUUGUAUGCCUUAUUCAUUGCAGUAUGUUCUGUAAGCCCAAUGAUAACAGCUCUAGUGCAUGAAUGUUGGCUAUCCUAAUAGCAUUUUUCUGUAACUGUAUAUCUGUAUAUUUUGUAUCUGCACAACAUCGCAUUCUCCUCCUCUCUAGCUAUAUUAAUGGUCUAUUUAUACAGACAGCACUAUGUAACUUUAAUAAUCAUUUGUUUGUGUAUAAAAGAA